AGUGCUCGUCAUUUAGGAGCUCUGCAAACAUACGUCCGCGUAACACAGAGGACUCUCUGGGUCAGGAUGUGGCUGCCGUGCGGAUGCGCUUCAAAGCGCGUCGUUACUUCCUUCAGUCGUCGGGUUUUCACUUCUUUCUUCCAUGUUUCGGCUCGAAAGAGAUGUAAUGUAGCGGCCUUCAUGCCGGAGGCUGCGGGGUUUGAAGGGGUGUCGGACUGCUCAUCGCUGCAGGAGUUUUCCGUCUCCAACACCGAGAGCUUCUGGGCCGCUUUGGCGCGUCAGAGACUUAGUUGGAUCAGUCCUUUCCACACGGUGCAGGACUGUGAUCUGAGCCGAGGCAAGAUCAAGUGGUUUGAGGGGGGAAAGCUGAACGUAUCUGUGAACUGCCUGGACCGCCAUGUGCACACCUGUCCUGAGAAGGUGGCCCUGAUCUGGGAGAGAGAUGAACCGGGGUCAGAGGUCAAGGUCACCUACAGGCAGUUACUGGAGAUGACAUGUCGCCUGGGCAAUCUCUUAAAGCGUCGUGGCGUGAAGAGGGGGGACUGUGUCACCAUCUACAUGCCUCCUUGCCCUCUGGCUGUUGCAUCCAUGUUGGCCUGUGCCCGUAUUGGUGCGGCACACAAUGUGGUGUUUGCAGGGUUCAGCGCUGACGCCCUCGCCGAUCGAAUCAGAGACGCCCAGUCCAGCACAGUCAUCACGGUGAACCAGGGCGUCAGAGGAGGUAAGGUCAUCGAGCUGAAGAAGACAGUGGACACGGCUGUGCAGAGCUGCCCGACAGUACAGCAGGUGUUUGUUGCUAUGAGAACAGAGAAUCCGGUCGCUAUGACAGCCAGGGAUGUCGCCAUGGAGGAGGAGAUGCUGAAGGAGGACGUGGUGUGUGAGCCAGCUGCUAUGGACAGCGAGGACGUCUUGUUCCUGCUUUAUACGUCAGGUAGCACGGGGAAGCCCAAAGGACUCGUCCACACUCAGGCUGGAUACCUGCUGUACGCCGCCCUCACACACCGGUAUGUCUUCAGCUACCACGAUGGAGAUGUGUUUGGAUGUGUGGCAGAUAUCGGCUGGAUAACAGGACACAGUUAUAGUGUUUACGGGCCCCUGGCCAACGGGGGAACCACUGUCCUGUUUGAGAGCACUCCUAUUUACCCUGAUCCAGGAAGGUACUGGGAGACAGUUCAGAGACUUAAGAUAAACCAGUUUUAUGGCGCUCCCACGGCGAUCCGCCUGCUGCUCAAGUACGGAGACCAGUGGGUGCAAAAAUACGACCGCUCCAGCCUUAAAAAUCUCGGCUCUGUUGGUGAGCCCAUCAACACUGAAGCAUGGGAGUGGUACCACCGAGUGGUUGGGGAUGGACGCUGCCCUGUGGUGGACACCUGGUGGCAAACAGAGACAGGUGGCAUCUGCAUCACCCCAAGGCCAUCAGACCCAGACGCAGAGAUUGUCCCAGGAAUGGCUAUGAGACCUUUCUUUGGCAUUAAGCCCGUGCUCAUGGACACUGAGGGAAAAGUUCUCACCUCCAACGACACAUCUGGAGCUCUGUGUAUAUCUCAGCCUUGGCCCGGUAUGGCCCGAACCAUUCAUAACAACCACCAGAGAUUCGUUGAGACGUACUGUCAGACUCAUCCUGGUUACUUCUUUACUGGCGAUGGUGCGUAUCGCUCUAAGGAGGGGUAUUACCAGAUCACUGGUCGCCUUGACGAUGUCAUCAACGUGAGCGGACACAGGAUUGGGACAGCAGAGAUAGAGGAUGUGGUGAAUCAGUGCCCUGCAGUAGCUGAGUCUGCUGUCAUAGGAUACCCACAUGACAUCAAAGGUCAAGGUGUCUAUUGCUUUGUAGUGCUAAAAAAAGAUGUUGAUGUUAAAGAGGCGGACCUGUCCCGGCAGCUAAACAACAUAGUGUCUCAAAAGAUCGCCAAGUAUGCCUGUCCAGACUACAUCCAGUUUGUCCAGCGUCUCCCGAAGACACGCUCGGGUAAAAUAAUGCGCCGUGUGCUGCGGAAAGUGGUGGAGGGAGACAUGAGCGGAUUGGGUGACCUCAGCACGCUAGACGAUCCUGUGGUGGUUCAAGAGAUCAUCCAAGGUCACCGUGAGCUCAACCGACUGUGAUGACGUGUUUUAAGACUAAAAAUAAAAGAGGAAUGUGAAAAGGAUACUUUACAUUAAAUUUAACCACUUAGACCAAAUAUUGUUUUUUUAAAUUGUACAUAGACACAUUUAUGAAAUCAGGUAAAGAAGUAAAUAUGAAUAAUAUAGAUGUAUAUAGACAGAUAUACUCUGUUCUUAACAGGAGUUACACAGGUUGGGAACAUUGUGUGUUUUUAUUACAAAACUGUAACCCAUAAUCCAAAAAUGUAGUGAUUGUAAACAUAACACAAUAAACAAAUGUAAUCUCACAUAAAAGCGCACAAUA